AUGUACUGCGCAGAAUGCGGGCAUCCCCUCCCCGAUAUCCGCGACGAUAAUACAACAUGCAGCAAAUGUAAAACGCGACUGGGCACCUGGUGGGACGAAUCCUCGAAAACGAUGCGGACGAACCGCGAAGCUUUCGUACCGACAAACAUGAUGAGCGAAAUCAUGGGCGGCAGAAGCCAUUUCGAAAUCAACAAGAAGGUUUCCGAGCGCACAAACACGUAUGGGUUGGAAGAGAGAGGGUUUCUCGCUACUUUGACCAUGCUGGAAAUGCGAUGGGGACCCGGUGGUGGAGCGGGCUUGGGAAGGAAAACGAUGGAGGGCUUGGGGAAGAUGAUUCGAAGUACACUGGACAUGUCGCUUUCGCGCGGCGAGGUGCGUGAGGCGCUCGCGAAAAAUGUCGAUAUCUGGAUGCGUCUGCAGCGGAUCUUUUACCUGGCCGUCCCCAUUCUGGUGUCGCGGUCGCUGCGCGAAUCGUAUUCGGAACAGGGGGUUCCUGCCGGACCGGACGUGUCGGAGAGUGUGGCGCUCAUUUUGAAGAAUUUUGAAGUGCUGACGGAGGAUUUGGGGUAUUUGAAUAAUUUGCUCGUGGUGAGCAGGAAUAUGUUGGCGGUUAAGGAGACGGCGCAGGAGAUUUGUAGGGCGGUGGGCUUGGAUAAGCAGGUUCAUAAGUUGAUUAUACUGUGUGUCAAUGUGACGAGUAAGGGGUAUGAUGGGGAGAAUGUGGAUGAUAAUAGUAGGGGGAGGUUGAAUGAGGUGACAGAACUUUAUAAAAAACUUCUGGUCACUUGUUUACAACAUACGCAUAAUUGGACUAUGGGUAAUGAUAGAUUCAAGAUGUCAUUUUGGUUCGAUAUGCUUUUCGAUAAUGAUUUGCAUAAUGAUCCGGUUCAUGAACUUCCUCCGGAUGAUUUGAAUGUGGAGAAGGUUUAUCAUGAGGUUAGGAAUUGGUUGGCUAGACAUUCGGCAGAUCAGGAUGAGACGGCCAAGGAACUUCUGGAGAAAUACGCUGCGGAAGCUGACAUGGAUUGCACACCUGGACCGUUACCACAGAUUGACGAAUUCACUAUGACUGAUGCGGAUAAGGAAGAUGAUCCGGAGGAAACGACACCGGUUUGGAAACCUGAAUUGACGGAUAAAUAUGAGCAAGAUCGAAUUUACGCCCGUGUAUCGCACGAAAUUGAUAUUUGGUGGAAGCGCCAACGGGAUCAGAAUUAUGAAGGAUGGGUUGUGAAGAUGGUCACUGUGGAAGAUGCGAUAAAGCGUGCGGAGGCUUGUAAAGAAACUGCUAUGGAAAGAUUUCUUCCUCAACGAGCUUUCCAGGAUCAGGAUGCUUAUGAUCAGGAUGAGCAGUUGGAGGAACCACCUCUACAUGAUGAGAUUGAUGGCGAUACUCGGUCGAUGGAUGGUCAUGAUGGGGAAGAUGAUGGCGAAGAAGAGGAUGAGGAGGAUGAUGAUGAGUCUUAUGCGGAAGGACCUUUGAGAGGUCUUUUGACCGAAAUUCCUAACAUUCUCGACACGAAACAAAUCGAAGCUCUUCACAUGACCGUCAAAGCUUGUAUUGUCGAUUCAAUGGGCUCAGGACUUACACCAGCUGGUGAGAAUCUUCAGAAGACACGGUGCAAAAUGUUUUUGGCUUUGGAUUGUGGCAAAAAUCUUCUUCGAGAAAUGUUGGUUUUCAUUGCUGUUUGGGAACAAACUGAUCAACAUUUCAUUUUCCAAAUUACUGCUCAAAUUAUCGAGUCCUUCCAUCAUAAUGCUUUAUUGCCAUAUGCUUGGAGCUCGCUGAGGAUUAUGAAGGAUAUUGUAUCGCCGGCACAAACUGUUCUGUUACGUCUCAUCAACUACAUGUUCCGCGCUCGAAAGGAUAGUCCCAUCUACGAUGAUCUAAGAGAUUAUAACAGAGAUGCAAAACUUAUUCAUUUCCUCUUUACAUAUUUCCGUACACGAGUUGUACCUGAUUGUAUCGCUCUUAUUCACGCGCAAGCUCAAAUUCGAACCAAAAAUAGCGAUCCUAAUGAUUUCCCCGUCGAUUUAUGGGAUAUGGAACGUGCCAAAGAUGGACUCUCGCAGUAUCUCGAUUUCAUAUCUGUUAUUGCUGAAAUACCAGAGAUGCGACCACUUCUCAUUGAAUGGGAAGCAGUCUAUGAACUUAUCGCUCUUCUGAGAGCUCUUGAUUUAGGUGUUGCGAAGAAGAAUCUUUCGGAACAACCAUUACCAAAUCGGAGACAAGCACCUGUUCCUCAACAGGGAGGAGGUAUUCAAGCUACAGAACGACCAUAUGAAAGUCCCACAUCUCAAAAUGCACCACAAUUCCCGGGUCAAGGACAAUCUCUUCCUCCUCUUCAUGAUACCCCCCAUAAAUUCCCUUGGUCGGGUAUUAAAAUUCAAAUACUUAUCAUUCUUACCUCACUUGUGGCACCUAAUAAUCCACGCAGGCAAGGACCGGGAAAUCCAAUUGUGCAAAAACAAUUGCUUAACCAGGAUGGAAUUAUGCCGUUAUUGAAUUGUUGUGUUUAUGAUGGACAUAAUGAGUAUUUGAAGGAGAGAGCAACGCUAGCAUUGAAAUAUGUUAUGGAAGGUUGUGAGGAGGCGCAGAAAUGGGUUAAGGAUUUAGUACCGGCUGGGAAACAGAGGGCGGCGGCGGGAGCGGGUGCGAAUGGUGCACAGGGAAAUGGAAAUGCGAAUGGAAGUGGAAGUGGAAGUGGAAAUUCGCAGGCAGGAGGAGGGGUCCCGGCAACUACGAGUGCAGCGUCUAAUGGAUUGCAUAUGCAAAUGUCGGUGGGCAAUAGUAUCGAUGUAGAUCCGACGUUGCAGUUGGAAAAGUUGAGAUUGCAGGAGAGGGUUAGGAUUGCGGAGCAGAAGGCUAGGGAGAUGAGGGGGAGGGAGAAUGGACAGGGGUAG